AAGUCAUACCUAAUUCAUUUCUCUUUGAUGUAUGUGUUCUCUUCUUUAGCUUCUUUCAACCAAACACUACUUAGUUUACACACUUAACAUGGAAGACCAAUGUAGCCCUCUUGUCUUGCCUUACUUUUUCCAAGAAGAGGGAAUCGAGGAGCUGAAACAUUCUCUGUUGUAUACGACGUUGGAGUUGGAGAACACAGUUGUUUGUGCUCGUGAUGAGAUUGCGAAGAAGGAUCAAGAAAUCGUGCGGCUCAGGAAUCUUCUGGGGAGGAUUAUGAAGGAGAGGGAUGAGGCUAUGGAGGAAUGCCGGAGGUUAGGAUUAGAGAAACAGCUUCUCCGGCAGAAUCUGCAGAUUCAGAGGCAACCGCGCGGCGGCAUUGUGGAGGCCCGGCCGCCUUCUAGCGCCACGACCACGGCGGCGAGCAAUGAAGAUCAGUCGUCGGAUUCUGAGGAAAACAACAACCACAACUACAACGUUGUUGUUAAUGUUGCUCCGGGUCAACGCUCGUCAACGCCGCCGCCGAUUGCGACGGGGGCGAUUACUCCGAAGUUUGUGGGUGUUGACGUGACGGAUAAAAUCGCGGCGAAAAUGCCGUUGCCGGAGAAGGGGAAAUUCUUGCAGGCGGUGAUGGAAGCGGGGCCGUUACUCCAAACGCUCCUCCUCGCCGGCCCUCUCCCGGAGUGGCAACACCCGCCGCCUCAGCUCAACUCCGUCGACAUCCCGCCGGUCACAAUUUCCCCCUCCGCUUCCUCCACCCCCACGCAGCAGCGGCUGCUCCUCCAGGACUCCGCCGCCGCCACCGGCGGCAUGGGUUAUUUCAGCAAGAAGAGGCCGGCAAAUGGCGCGUGCGACUCUCCAUCUCCCUCAAAGUACCAAAAAGCCCUUAACCACAUAUCGCCAUUGAUGACCACCAACAUCAUCUCUGCUAGCUAGCGGCGGCGCGGGCAUCAAUUCGCCUCCAUUAUCAUUACUAUAUAUAUAUAUUAACCAGAAAGCAUACAUAUAUCCAUCCUUGUCAUACUGUUAAGAAUUGAACAUUCUGGGAAAGUUACUCAGAAUGACAUGGCCUGGAUGGUAUCAUGCAUGCAUCCAAUUAGGAAGAACCAAAAAAAAAAAAAAAAAAAAAAAAAACCAAAAAGAAAAGAGAUUGUUUAGGAUUAAUUAGUACUGGUUUGCCUUAGAAACUAAGCAUCCUUCAUUACUAAUUUUAGGAGAGAGACAGAGCUUAAGAAGGCCUAAUUAUGAAUGGCCUUUUGAUUUGUUUCUCCUUCAACCAUGAAUCCCACUAAUACUAUGGUUUUGGAAAUCAAUUCAAUCCUUUCAUUUAACAAA